ACCAAAGACAAUGUCUACCUCUCCAUCGACGGUGUUCUCUAUGUUAAGGUUUGAACUAUUUUCGUUUUUAAUUUGUUUUUCCCUGCUUCUCUGUGCUCUAUGUUCACUGAAUUUUCUUUUUCUUUUCGUAUAUUUUAGCUUGUUGCCUCCGUUUUAGCCUCUUGUUAUUCAAUUUAAAAGGUUAGGAGAAUGAUUUGUUUCAUUUAGGUCUAUUGUUUUACAUUUCUUAUAUAGGGAGUCAGAAUGGUUUACAUAGGCUACCGUGUACUCCUACUUAUGUUGUUAUUAAGAGAUUCUAAUAUGUGGCUAAACAAUGACUACUUAUGCAAAAAGGCUCCCUUCUUUGCUUGUUCAAUCCUUUUAUCAAUUCUCGUUGCUAUCCUUUUUUAAACUUAUAUGGUGGAGUGCAAACAGAUUGUUGACCCUAAGCUGGCGUCAUAUGGGGUUGAGGACCCAAUAUAUGCUGUGACUCAACUUGCACAAACGACCAUGCGUAGUGAGCUCGGGAAGAUCACAUUUGACAAAACUUUUGAGGAGAGGGACACACUCAAUGAGAAGAUAGUGAUAGCCAUUAAUGAAGCAGCAAAAGACUGGGGAUUGCAGUGCCUCCGUUAUGAAAUAAAGGAUAUAUCUCCUCCUCAUGGAGUGAGGGUAGUCAUGGAAAUGCAAGCAGAAGCAGAACGGAGAAAGAGGGCCCAAAUUUUGGAGGCUGAAGGUGAAAGGCAAUCAACCAUACUUACUUCAGAGGCUGCAAAGCUGGACCAGGUUAAUAGAGCAGAAGGAGAAGCAGAAGCCAUCCGUGUUAAAUCUGAAGCGACAGCAAAAGGAAUAACCAUGAUAUCACAUGCGCUGAGGGAGAAUGGAGGCCUCGAGGCUGCAAGUCUUAGAGUUGCCGAGCAAUAUGUCAAUGCUUUUUCUAAGAUCGCCCAAGAGAGUACGACAAUGUUGCUUCCUUCGAAUGCAUCCGACGCUGCUAGCAUGGUAUCUCAAUCAUUGGCUUUAUACAAAAAAGUGAUUCUUGAUCAGCAGCAUUCAGGUCAUGAUGUGCUCGUGGAGGAUCUGAAAUCUGCAGGUACAUCAUCUGCAGAAUCAUCAUCCACAAACAAAACCGAUGAAAGAUCUGAUGGUGAAGAAGCUGCGGUCAAGCUACCCAAACUCAGGAAAUAG